CGCAUUUCCGUGACGUCAAUUCAGCACUGGGAAGGAGACAGCUCCCUCCCCCAAAAAACCCAGCGCGCCUCACGUUGCAUGGGUCCCCGGUUAUUGAUAACACAAUUUGCCCGAUGGGAUCCAUCCCGGUAACGUGAAAGUCGUGGAUCCAGCGGCUGGAGAGACCACAGAGAGCCAGGACCGAAGGAAGAAACAAACGAUCUGCUCAUUAUCGCCGACAAAUAGCAAGCCGAGCCCACCCCUUCACUUGACAACGCGACAUCAAGCAGGCAGAAAGGCGUACGUCUCAUCUCUCCACCCUCCAUCCACCCUGACCUGCUGUGUUGGGGAAACCCCUAAUGAGUGGGACCUGUAUCCAUGAGCCCCGUGCCCCUUCCCCCUCCCUGUCAGGCUUCAGCACCCCCAUCUCAGAGCCCCCCUAUCGAAGACUCGAUGGAGACACCCCUGCCUGCACCCCCGAAACGGACCUGACCCCCACACAGUGUGUCCUCCGUAACGUGCUGUCCAUCGACACCGGUGGACCGGGGGCGCCGGGCGGCAGCAGCCCCACUCCCAGUGAUGGACCCUCAGCCCACUUUGACAACAGCGUGCUAAAACUACAUGAACAUGAGGCCUGCCAGUGUGGCGGCGGGGCCGAGGCGGGGCACAGUCCAGAGGCUGGUGCCGUCAGGAGCCAGUCGGAGAACAUUCGGCUACAAUCAGGAAGUGGAGGUUUUUUGGAGGGACUGUUUGGCUGCCUAAAGCCAGUGUGGACCAUGAUUGGAAAGGCCUACUCCACUGAACACAAACAUAGCCAUGAAGAGUCCUGGGAGGUCCCUUUUGAGGAGAUCUCCGACCUGCAGUGGGUGGGCAGCGGGGCACAGGGGGCCGUCUUCCUCGGCAAGUUCCACGGAGAAGACGUGGCUGUGAAGAAAGUCCGGGACAUCAAAGAGACCGAGAUCAAACACCUCCGCAAACUCAAGCACCCCAACAUCAUCACUUUCAAGGGCGUGUGCACCCAGGCUCCUUGUUACUGUAUCUUGAUGGAGUACUGUGCCCAAGGCCAGCUGUACGAGGUGCUGAGGGCGGGCCGUAAAAUCACCCCCUCCCUCCUGGUUGACUGGUCCAUGGGCAUUGCAGGUGGCAUGAACUACCUGCACCUCCACAAAAUCAUCCAUCGAGACCUCAAGUCCCCAAACAUGCUGAUUACACAUGAUGACCUGGUGAAGAUCUCAGACUUUGGCACUUCAAAGGAGCUCAGUGACAAGAGCACCAAGAUGUCAUUUGCCGGCACCGUAGCUUGGAUGGCUCCUGAAGUAAUUCGGAAUGAGCCAGUGUCGGAAAAGGUGGACAUCUGGUCCUUUGGAGUGGUGCUGUGGGAGAUGCUAACCGGAGAGAUCCCUUACAAAGACGUGGACUCGUCUGCCAUUAUCUGGGGUGUGGGAAACAACAGCCUCCAGCUGCCCGUACCUGAGAGCUGCCCGGACGGCUUCAAGAUCCUCCUCAGACAGUGCUGGAACUGUAAACCCAGGAAUAGGCCCUCUUUCCGUCAGAUACUUCUUCAUCUGGAUAUAGCGUCAGCUGAUGUGCUGUCCACUCCGCAAGAGACGUACUUCAAGUCACAGGCUGAAUGGCGAGAAGAGGUGAAACAGCACUUUGAGAAGAUUAAAUCUGAGGGUACUUGUCUCCACCGGCUCGAUGAGGAACUGAUCAAUCGGCGCAGAGAGGAGCUCAGGCAUGCUUUGGACAUCCGUGAGCACUAUGAGAGGAAACUGGAGAGGGCAAACAACCUUUACAUGGAGCUCAGCGCUGUCAUGCUGCAGCUGGAGCUCAAAGAGAAAGAGCUGCAGAGGAGAGAGCAGUCUUUGGAUAAAAAGUAUCCAGGUUUGUUUAAGCAUCACAGCUCCAGGCAGAGCAGCUCCUCCAACUCCAUGGACAAACUCAUCAAGAAGAGAAACGUCCCACAGAAACUCCCCUCGGGAAAGAGGCCAGACAUCCUCAAGUCUGAGGUAAUCAUUCCCAAAAUGGACUCCUCAGUGAUGCAAGUCACAAUCCCAGCCUGCCCCAACAGAAGCUCCACUUCUCCCAGCCGGUCUCGGAGGGUAAAGACCCGCCAUCGCAAGCCUGGGAAGGGCAGUAGUGGGGACCUGGCUGGACUUAAGGCGAAUCAAUCCUCCCCUAAUAGGGACACAAAUGCCCAGGCUAACAGCUCCACCACUAACACCUCCAAGCAGCUCCUGGAGCCCUCUGCAGCCCUGCGAGGCCUCAGCCAUGAGCAGCAGCAGAGGCAGCUAUCCUCCUCCAGCCCUGACCUCAUCUGCACCACGCUGGAGGCGGAGGGGCAGGGGAAAGGGGAGCCCUCUGUGGGCGGGCUGGAGAGAGGGGGGAGCCUCAGUGCCUCUGCAGGGUUAGGGGGAUCAGAGGCGGGGGCAGCUGGUCUAGAUGAUCUCACAGAAACCCCUCCGCGCAGUGACACGCCGAGUGAGGAUGCUGCGUCGUUCCCGUUCUCCAGCAGCCCAGACUCGCCGUGUGGGAGGGGGGCGGCAGCAGGGCGAGGGUCUCUUGGAUCGCCACGUCUGCCUCAUGAUGGGGAGGAUAAAGAGGAGGGAGCUGGAGCUGUCAGGUUGCCCCGUGGGGCAUCAGGGGGGAUUGGGAGUCAGCACCUCACUCCGUCAGCCAUUCUGUACAGGGCAGCUAUCACACGCAAACAGAGGCGUGGAGUGUCAUCAGAAGAGGAGGAGGGUGAAGUUGACAGUGAGGUUGAGUUACCACGGAGACGACGUCCGACGAGCAUCACCAAGUGCCAGUCGGUGUCCACCUUCAGCUCAGAGAACCUCUCGGUGUCGGACGGUGAGGAGGGCCACACUACUGACCACUCCCACAGCGGCACCCCCGACGUGGUCAGCACCAACACAGACGACAGGUUGGACGACCGCAGCGACGACCUCCUCUCUCAGGGGUCGGAGAUCCCGGCGGACAACACUGAUCCUGCGCAGGCUUCCGACGGCCUGUCAGAGAGAGACGGAGCACUGGGACAGGCCAAAGCUCAGCUGGACGCUGGGCAGAAUCCCAAUGAGAGUCGGGCCCUGUGCGAUGACUCCGACUGCGACAGUGCUGAGCUGGAUCAGUCAGGAAGUGGAGAGCCCAGUCGUCCUCCCAGUGCUGGAGCGUGGGUGUCGCCGUCUCAACCCUAUCAGGGGUCUCCACAGGCGCCCCACACGGGACCUCCAUAGAUCACUGGACGCUCGUAAAGCCCUCCAGCUACCAUCACAGGCGUACACCAAUCUGUCAGUGCAGUACAUUACUGUUGUCAUGAAGGAUCACACCUACUACACUCAGACUAUGACAAGUUGACUUAUGGUGUCUCAUAAGUUUGUUGGCUGGCAAACCUACAUCAGAUGACAUAGGACAUUUGUCAUAACCUGACAUCAGAUAUUUUGGCAGCUUGUGACAUCAGAUAAAUGUCAUUUAAGUUCAGUAGGGUUUUUGUUUUAGGCAAAACUGUUACCAAGGUAACCUUAGGCCACUGCUCCAGUUCAGCAAAAACCCUUCCACAGACGCACACGCACGCACAAGAUACCACACUCGUUGUCCUUUAAACACUCUAAUCCUCACUCUGGGAGCAUCCUCCAUGAUACUCCACACACUAAUGCAUCAAAUACUAAUGAAUAAUAAUGUAAAUAUCCAUUACAUACCACAUGAGAAAUAUCUAACUUUAUUUUAUUUGUAAGAUAAAAAUGUAAGACUAAACGGUAUGCAGCCCUGUGAACAAAUGCAUGACUACAUGUUUAUAAUUUAUGGUUCGAAUGUGUCAGUUUUAUAUUUUGUGAAAGUUUACACUUUUUUAAUCCUGAAAGUAUUACUUCAGUUAUUUUGUUUUGGUUCUUUUGUUAAUAAAUGUCAGCACUCAAGAAAAAAAAAAAAAAGGAAUGAAAAUCUCACCAAGACAUCGAUCAUGAUGCAUAAUUAGGAUUCUCAGUAGGUGAUAUAUUAUUUUUUUUAACCCUCCUACUACUGAGUUUCAAAUACACAUAAGACACAGCUGAGGUUUUUUAUCAAGCUUAUCAAAUUUGUGACAGGACGGGAGACCUGCGGGUUCACUCAAAUGAUUGACUUUUAAUGUCUUCUAUUAGUCGGAUGUACAUUUGAAAGGGAGUGUGUUCAUACAAACGACCUCUGACAUGCACUAGCACUGAUAACCACGGUAUUAUCUGAGCAUAAAACACCACUGAAGGUGCUUCAGUAAAAGAGUACUCCACCUGUUUAGCAUUACACUCCUUUACAGUGAGCAGUUUAAGAAACAAAAAUGCAGCAGAACCAGAGAUAUCAUCUGUUGUAUUCCACACACUCUUCCUCAUUUUAAAUAACAGGUGCCUACAUUACCCACAAUGCAACCCAACCGACAAUAGUUGUGUCGGAGAUGCAGUUUGUGUUAUGCUAGUGGCAGCUAAUAUGUAGCCAGAGACGAGCAGCGGGCUACAGAGGUCAAGUGAAUUCACUUCUUUUUAACUCCACACCUCCUUCAGACCAAAUCAAGGCUGACUCAAAUUACAUCACAUGAGGCAGUUUAUUUGUAUAAAAACCACAAAAGGAUUUAUACAACUUUUUAAAGGGUGGGUCCAUUAUUUUUAGAUUUUAGUCUUAAAAUGGUUCUGUAGCUCCCCAGUGUGGUUCCUCAUGAAUUCAAAUCCGAAUAUUCAAAUUUUGGUCGAUGUAAGUAUGUUAUAGCGUCAAAAUGUUAUUUUCCUGAGCCCUUUUUGAAACGUUUUCCCGUGUGACUUGACGUCAAAGACCUGCACCGUUCCAGUUUUGCAAACCAUCACCCCCAAACCUCGGUAUUGUAACUUACCCGUCCAAACCAGAUCUGCCCUCAUCCGUUAAUACAAGUCCCGCGACCUGACACAUGAUUAAACAAACCGUUUUGCCGUUAGGACAUGGUCACAUGAGCGAAUGCAGGGGAAUGUCCAUCACUUGCUGAGGAGGUAUUCACUCUGAAUGUAGGCGGUGCCAGGUGUGCAACCGCAGAGAGCUAGCUUGCUAAUAAAUACAGUGAAAUAUGAUGUUAUCAGUCCAGUUUCCAUUGUCUUAGGCUUUGCCACGGAAUGUUUUAUAUAGCCUUUGAAUAGAAGUGAACGCAAGGCAAACAUUCACCAAUGUUAAUUGCGUGCAUGUGUGAUCAUGUCUAUACUCCGUUUUGCAAAAUGUACUGUGCCAUGCAGAUGUGCACUCGCUCAGUCAGCUCCCACUUGUUGUAAUGUAAAGUGACACAAAGAUGGCCGAUUUUGAGGUUAUCAUCCGUCCACAUAGCUAAAGUAACUGUCCUGUUGCUGUCAGUCAGCUGCAGCCUCAGCUCUGGAAUGUUGUGUCGAACAUCCUCUGCAUAUUUAAUCAGUCUGCCAGGAGAUACAGUUGUUGGAUCAGGCAGAAGCUGCUGAGCUCAGGCACCUAUGGUUAUUUUUGUUCUCACCAUAUGCCCACCACAUUUCCAUGCCCCACAACUAUUUUGCAGGUUACCCAGCGGGUACCAGGUGAAGUAUUAUAACUCUGCCUGAUGGGUUUCUGCAUGAUGACGUAGCCCGCCUAAUGUGCCUCUUUGUGACUGAGCCAAGCCUACUUUGAGAAUUGUGUGUCAUUGAUCUUCCAAAUUAGCUCUUCUAACCCCCUAACCAGUGCAGAAACAAAAAAAUGUACUGCUGUGGACGCCACGUUAGUUUAGAUCUUAGAGUCACAUAAUCACACAAACUAACUUCACAGUCGAGGCAACGGUAGACCAGCAACUCCCGUGUUCUGCCAGGUAAAAGCAUAGAUACCAGCUUCAGUUCCCCGUCGGGAAGGACUAUCUGACGGCAAGGAAAAGCAGUCAAGACAUCGCACUAACAAUGGAUAAGUACCUCAAACCUCACCUCAAGAAAUCCAAACUAACCCUUUCAGUGCUCUCUGCUCUACAUCCCUGCUUUUUGCUAACGCCUGAUUGGGUGUUUCCAUUUGAAAGAUCUAGAAAAGAGCAGAUGGACCCGCCCUUUACAUCUGGAUGUGUAAAAUCAGCGUUGUUUUCCUUUAAGUAACGAACCAAAAGGACUCCUGUAGUUCACGAUGUUGACGAGCUUGAUAAAAAACCUCAGCUGUCCCUUUUACCCUUUAAGAUAACUACAGAAGUAGCCAGAUAAGGAAUAGAGCACUUCUCUGUGGUGGUUACUAGUAGAACAGUAAGUAUCCUUUGGGUUUGAAUAGAAAUGUUUUGUUUUUAUACAGCAUUGCACAUUGUACCUGUAACAUAGGAAUUAUAUCGAAAGCAAAAUAUUAUGAGCAACAAUAAAUAAUGUAUUGGUUAAAAAAAAAAGAAAGUGUGAUGUUUGUUUAAAGAGAUGGGUCGUGUCAUAGCUACAGUUUGUUGCUGCAUCACA